UGUCCGUUAACAUUGUAUUUUCUUUUGGUCUCAGACAAAAUCAAGCCUGCUGAUGUAGGUCUUGAGCAAGAAGAAAAACAAGUUCGUGGGUGGAAAGAUUCCUCGAAUGAACGCAAUGGUGGGGGGCGUCGAUCACUGCCGCCAAUCAAAUACCUGCACCUGCAUGAAUGUGAUAGCUUCUCUAUGGGAAUAUUUUGCAUGCCACCUUCAUCUAUCCUUCCUCUUCACAAUCAUCCUGGGAUGACAGUGUUUGGUAAGCUGCUAUAUGGUUCAUUACAUGUAAAAUCCUACGACUGGAUUGACAUACCUGAGCCAUCUGACCCAUCUCAAGGUGAGCUGUUAAAUGUUAUUCAGCUAUUGGUGUAUUCUCUCUUCCUCGUGUUUGAGGUAAAUUUGCCUAAUUUAAAGUUCUCUAUAUUCGUGUCUCCUCCAACACCCUGUCUCACAUAGGUAGGAGCUUUGUGAGUGGUUUACAAGGAUAUUAGGUAGCUUUAGCUAUUGUCCAAAUUCAUGUUUCUGAAGGUAGUAAUCUUCUCUGUGUUGUCUUGGUUGGUGCUAACCACU